CGAUAACUAAAAGACGACCGCAUCGAAAAUGUCCACGCACACAUUGAGCCUGAAUGAGACAAACACAGUUGUCGAUCGUCUGGUGAACUUUUUUGUCGAACACGAAGAUCUGCGAACAAAAAGUUGGUUCCUUUCGAAUGCCCCCGGUCCUCUGUUCACAAUUUUGGGUGUCUAUUUGUAUUUCUGCUUAUAUGCUGGUCCCAGAUACAUGCGCGAUCGCAAACCCUUUGAGCUGAAGAACACCCUGCUGGUCUACAAUGCAGUACAAGUGGCCUUGAGUUGGGUGCUGUUCUAUGAGGGUUACAAAGGAGGCUGGGGUGGUCACUAUAAUUUCAAAUGCCAACCCAUCACCUAUGGCACAGAUGCCGUCUCAAUGAGAAUGGCACGUGCUGUGUGGUUGUACUACAUUGCCAAGAUCACUGAACUAUUGGAUACAGUUUUCUUUGUAUUGCGUAAAAAGGAUCGACAAAUCUCUUUCCUCCAUCUGUACCAUCACACUCUGAUGCCAGUGUGUGCUUUCAUUGGUGUUAAAUACUUUGCCGGUGGCCAUGGUACCUUAUUGGGAUUCAUCAAUUCCUUUAUCCACAUCAUUAUGUAUGCAUACUACUUGUUGUCGGCUAUGGGACCAAAGGUACAAAAAUACUUGUGGUGGAAGAAGUACAUCACCAUCUUGCAAAUUGUUCAAUUCUUGAUCAUCUUUGUGCACACCUUGCAAGUCCAAUUUCAACCAAGCUGCCCCUAUCCCAAACCCAUUGCUGCUUUGCUGACCUUCAAUGCCGGUCUCUUCACCUACAUGUUCAGUUCGUUCUAUGUGAAAAACUACAACAAGGAACAGAAAAGAGCCGCCCUCAAGAAAGAGCAGGAGGCUGCCGCCAUGCUUAAGCAGGACUAAGCUGAUGCAGUGGCGUAUCAACAAUCAAGAAUUUCAUCACAUCUUUCUUGCGCGUCCUUUCUAGUAGCAUGGCGCGUGAUCCACGCGCCUUGCAACACAGCCAUCCUCUUCUUCUCACCUCCUACACGCACAAACCACCAUUUAUGUAUUUUUUAUGGGAGUACAUGCUAAGGGUUUAGAAAUCGAUACAUUCUCUUGGGGCCUGCGACGAGAGGCCCUCAGAGAAUCGAGGGGAUUUGCUUUUACCAUGUUUGUAUAGUAGCCUAAGAUAAGUAGUUCGUUUUCUUAGAUUUAGACUUUGUUGCUAUUCAGGCAUUUAAAACGAAGUGCUAACUAAAGAUUAUGUGAGUGAGUGCUUCACUUUGAUAGUAUUUUAAGUUUUCUUUUAAGAAAUUGUUAUGUUUUAAGUAAAAUCAAAAAAAAAAAAACAGAAAUAAAUAAAUCCGACAAACCAA